AUGGCUGAACCAGCAGCCGAUCUCUCCCAAGGGCCGGUCCUUCUCUCCUUCUCCCUCGCCACGGCGAGCUUUGCCCUAGCCACGACCGUUGUUCGCUUCUACGUCCGGCGGGGUAUCCAUGGCGGUUUUGGUGUUGACGAUUAUACGAGCGGCGUGGCAACUGUAAUAGCACUAAUCGCGACCAUCUUUGGCAUUCUCGAGGGCACUGCCCCGGAGGGGUCACGGGCCUUGCAGUUUAAUGUGAUCGGACAACCGUGGUAUCUCGUCAGCGUCACCCUCAGCAAGAUCUCGAUAUGCUUCUUCUUUAUGGAUCUCCUAAGGAGGGCGCGACAGUGGCGGGUUCUGCUGGCUGGCCUGAUCGUGUUAAUGGCCGCUAUCAACCUAGCCUUUGCGCUGGUCGUCUACCUCCAGUGCCAGCCGUUGGAGAAAGCGUGGAAUCCGUCCGUGGCGGGCAGCUGCUCGGAUCCGAAAAUACAGGUUAAUUUUGGUUAUGCGCAAGGCGCUUUCUCGGUGUUCUCAUGGGUCUUCCUCGCCCUCUUCCCGAUGCUAAUCAUACGCGACAUCGCCCGCGGCGGUGAACCUGCCUGGCCGUUAUACACCACCGCGGCCCUGAGUUUUGUCUCCGGAAUCUUCGUCAUCGUCCGAACCGCCCAAACCUCCCAAACCACCGGCGCCACCCUCUACACCAUCCACUUCUUCUACGCCUCCCUCAUGGCCAAGUAA